AUGACAGUGACCAGCAAUACAGGGGAGCGCGUCUAUUGCGGCCUUGCUGCCCCAGACGCAGGACAACUCCUCAGGCCGCAGCACCACAAGCGGCAGGGGCACUUUCUGGAGAAGCCAAUCAGCGUUCUCAUGGCUGAGGUGGAACAGGCCGCUUAUGAAAGUGCUCUCAAUGCACCCCUCGAGGGUGAGCAACCAGCCUCUGCCAGUGCAGCAGAAUCCAAAGCAGAGAUGGACCAGGGAGAGGAUUUGUGGGUAGACAGAUACGCGCCAUGCUCCUUCCUGGAGCUGCUGGGGGACGAAGAGAUAAAUAGGGAGGUAGUCAGGUGGCUGAAGACCUGGGACAAGUGCGUCUUUGGCAUCGACAAGCACAGGCCGAGCAACAAACCGCACAAAGCGGCCGCCGGAAAAGGUCCCGCCACAAAGCAGGGCACUGACGUCAGGCCUCCCCAAAAGAUCCUCCUCAUCUGCGGCGCACCGGGGCUGGGCAAGACAACGCUGGCGCAUGUGGUGGCGCGGCACUGCGGCUACCGGACAGUGGAGAUCAACGCCAGCGAUGAGCGCACGGCGGCCACGCUGCAGGCGCGCAUCAGCGACGCGGUGCAGAUGCAAUCCGUCAUGGGCGCCGGCCGCCCCAACUGCGUCAUCAUUGAUGAGAUCGACGGCGCCACCGGCGGGAGCGAGGGCCGAGGCGCAAUCCAGGCUCUGCUGAAGCUUGUGCAGGCCGGUGGCGGCAGAAAAGAGGCGUGUGCUAGCGGAGCAGCAGAUGAGGCUGGGGAUGCUGACGACGAGAACGCAGCUGGCGGCACGCAUGGAAAGAAGCGGAGGAAGGGCGGCCAGCCGCUGUGCCGGCCCCUCAUAGCCAUCUGCAACGACCUCUACGCGCCAGCGCUGCGGCCUCUGCGCGCCAUAGCCAAGAUCGUGGAGCGCCUGUCCUCGCGUCUGCGCUUCAUCUGCUCAUCAGAGGGGCUGUCCGUGGAUCGCACGGCGCUGACGACGCUUUGCGAGAGGACGGAGCACGACGUGCGGUCGUGCCUGAACACGCUGCAGUUCCUGUCCAAGCGCACGCGCGCCAUCCGCAGCUCCCACGUCAGCGGCGUGCAGUGCGCCCAGAAGGACAUGGUCAAGUCCGCCUUCGGCAUCUGGCAGGAACUCUUCACUGACAAGGUGGCGGCAGGGCCGGGGCCGAGCGCGCGGGCGAACGGCGGUUUUGAGCGGCUGUACAGCACGCUGGGGGACUUUGGCGACCACGGGCUGGUGCUGGCGGGCCUGCAGGAGAACUUCCCGGCCGCGCGCUACCUGGACAGCCACAUGGCGCGCACAGCUGCGCUGGCUGAUGCGCUGGCCGACGGCGACCGCCUCCUGCGCGCCGUGCACCGCCGCUCCGACUUUGCCGCGCUCAAAUUCGCGCCCGCGCACGCCCUCGCCGUGCGCACCAUCGUCGCCGGGCCCCAGAGGGUGCAGAUGCGGUGGCCGUCCAGCCAGGCUGACAUGCACAGGAGGACCGUGGCGCAGAGGGCCAUGCUGCAAGGGUGGCUGACCGAUGUGCACCCCACCGUGUUCUCCACCCUCUCCACUGCCACGGCUGUGCGGGAGGUGCUACCGGCGCUGGUGCGAGUGGUGAACCGUGCGGUUCGGCCAGUGGCGCCGCACCUGUUCACGGCAGAGGAGCGCGCCGCGAUGGCCGCCAUGGUCGAUCUGCUGCUGGCGCACGGCCUCACUCUGUCGCUGUCGCCGCCCUCAGCCCAGCCGGCCGCGCACGGCCAUCAGACAGCCCACGCCAAUCUGCCCGAGACCACCGCCCUCUCGCCGCCCGUCCACACCCUCGUGCUCUUCCCGGGUGUGCUGCAUAGCGGCAAGGUGAUGGCGCUGACCAUCCGGCAGAUGGUCGUGCAGCAGCUGCAGCUGGAGGCCAUCCGCAGGCGUGAGGCGGUGUACGGAGACAGUGGUUCCGGUGCGGCAUCGACGACAGAGGCUCUCCCAGAGGAUGCUACGGGGACGAGCGAGAGUCAGGGUGCUCAGGAGGGCAGCAGCCAGCGGCCGCCCUCCGGGGAGAAGAGGUACCAGCUCACCGUGGCGCAGCGUGCAAAGGAGGCCGCCGUUACAGGCGCCAAGAAGACGGGGCCUGUGCGGAAGGCUAGCUGGCUGGAUGCUUUGCGGCAAAAGAGUGAGAAGGCAGGGCAGCACAGGCCGAAGCCUUCAGCAGCUGAGGAAGCUCAGGAUAUUGCUUCAGGCAAGGCUGGGCAUGCUAUGCGCUACAAAUUCCACGAGGGCUUCACGAAUGCUGUCAAGCGGCCCGUGCGCAUGAAAGAUCUGAUUUAG